AUUGCUUCUUGAACUAGAAUGUUUCAGAAACAUCACUCUAUUAUGGGAGCGAUGGGGGUAUGAUUUUUCUGGAUCAAAGUAUAGUCUCACUAAGCCUUAUUAAAAGUCAAAAAUAAGUUAAAUAACCACAGAAACUGACCAAUUUCCUGGACUCUUUUAAACAGGACUUUUCGAAUCAUUUAAGUUUCAUUUUAAGCACAUGAUCUUAUCAAUGGCGCUUCCAUCGGGGUUUCGCGAGAGACUGGAACAAAUGGAGGAGACCAGAAACCAACGCCUCUCUCUCCUUCAGGCAGAGAAAGAGUUACAGACGACCAAGUCCGAGUUAUUGGCCGCAAGGCUCUCCAACAUCAAAUUCGCAGAACGGCGCUGCUUUAAUCUCGAGCGUAAAAUUGCUUCUCAGCAAUUAUUUAUAUCAUUUCUCAAAUCCGAAAACGACCGUCUAGACACCGAGUAUCUCCGCGCUCUUCAGGAUGUCAGAUAUUUGAAGAAUGAGGUGGAGGAUCUGGGGGAACAAGAGAAAGAAAAGGAAAAAUAUUACACUUCCGAAAAUGGGGAGAUGAAUGAAUUCAUGGAGCAUUUGGAAAACUUUGUGGUUGAAUUGCAAGUGCAAGUAGAGGAGCUGAGAAGUUACACCAAUCAGCUGAAGUCAACUUUUUCUGAAUUGCAAGGCAACUCUAAUCAUUCAAAUAACUCCGUGAUUGCGGCUGCCGAGAGACGAAAGUCAGAGCUCCUUGCUGUCAAACAGAAUCUGGAGAGAGAUCUGUCUAUGAAGCACCAAUUAAGAGAGCAAUUGAGAAGGCAACUUGUAAAUCUGUUGAUCAACCAGAAGCCCGCAUAGAAGCAGUAGAUUCAUGUGUAUAGGAAAGCCCAUACACUUCCUGAUGUCCAAUUGUUAUAUGCCGGUUCCUUUGGUAUACAGACUUCAUUACCGUGCAUUUGGUAAGGGUCUCAUAUUGAGCAAUGAGCAUCUUAAUUUUUAAAGGUACAAAUGGAGUGAUUUACGGGGUUGUAGGCUGUCUGCAG